AUGUCUAACCCUGCAACAACUCUUCUUAAUCGUCUAAAGGGUCGAGAAGCCAAAGUCGCAGAAUCCAAAUUACUCAAAGAUCUCAUCGAUCUCCUAGAACCCAUUAAGUUCAACCGCAUUCGCUGCUUGGCUCUAGGAUCCCCCAGUACAGAAUUUCAAGCCCUCUACCAGCUUGCCCUACUAAAGCUAUUAACUGAUAAGCUAUCUAUCGACUCUGUGACAUGCUACGAUCCCGUUUUCACUGAUUCUGAUACUCAAUUACUUGAAGGCUUGCGAUUCUCUGUGGAUAGUAUGGAAUUGGACGACCCAGCGAUAGUUUCCUCCACCCUAUACUACAUGCCCCAUGCCCCUCGUAGUUUCACAGAAACCUUCAUUAAAGACAUUCAGCCCACAUAUAUACUAGGAAAUGAUCUCACUGUUACAGCGGGAUCGCUUUCAAAAGUGAAAUUCUUGGAGCAGCUACCGACGUUGGCGACACUUCAGCAUUUGGCGGCAGGCGAAGACCAGAAACCAAAGGAUGACGGUUUCAGUGUAGUGAGCAGCCGAAGACGCAAAAAGAGUUCCAAGUUGGUGUACAAAGAGCCAGUUCUUGAGUAUCCAGUAGAUGAGGUGUACUUUAGGGGCGUAGAGAUCACCAGGAUCACGAGUGACUCUGAUCUGCCUUGGAAAGACUCCUUCAGUGAUAUGGCAUUUAACAUUAUUUUGAGAAAAAAUUUGCAAGACACCAAAGAAGCUUGUACGACUAUAGAAUUAACUGCAUAA